GCUCCAGUUCAACUUCUGCCUUCCAGCCACGAUCAUCUCAGCAGAGGAGAGCAGCAGAUGGCCACAGCACAUGCAUCUCAGGUAGGGGCUGCAGCAAGGAGCCUCUUUGCUUGCAGGAGCCCGUGAGCUUUGCGGAGGUGGCCGUGUAUUUCAGCAGGGAGGAGUGGGCGCUGCUGGACCCUGCGCAGCGAGCGCUGUACCGGGACGUGAUGCUGGAGACGUACCAGUGCGUGGCCUCGCUGGGUGAGGGGGAAGACCCCUGGAUCCCAGAUGUGCGUAGCCCUGAGGCCGUGCCAGGAGACCUCAGCCCAGGAACUGGGAUUGCAGAUAUGCUGGAGGACCUGCAGGAAAGUGGUGUGGCCGAAUGGCAGUGGGGUGGUGUCUGUGUGGAAGAAAUCAGAAGGGAUGUCCAAGGACGCCUGGAGCAAGGUCAGGUUGAGCACAUCAUGGAGCCACUGGGAAUUUGUCUACAAAAGACAGGAAGGAGCCCACUGGCCUUCAACAUUUGUCAAAAGGAGCCUGAAGAACGCAGGAGCAAGGAUGUGUGCCAGCAGAAAAAGCAGAAUCCAUGCACUGAGUGUGGAAAUAGCUUUGAAAAAGAUUCCGCCGUUGUUAACCACCAGUGCAUACACUCAACAGAGAGCCUAUACAAGUGUUCUUAUUGUGGGAAGAGCUUCAAAAAGAAAUCCCAACUCGCAUACCACCAACGCAUCCACACAGGAGAGAGACCCUACAAGUGCUGUGAGUGCGGGAAGUCAGUAAAAACCCGUUCCCACCUCACAUACCACCACCGCUUGCACACAGGAGAGAGACCCUUUAAGUGCUCUGAAUGUGGGAGGAGCUUCAAAAGUAGUUCUGAAUUGAAGCUGCACCAGCGUAUACACAAAGGGGAGAGACCCUACAAGUGCUCUGAGUGUGUGAAGAGCUUCAAAAGUAGUUCUGAAUUUAAGCGCCACCAGCACAUCCACACAGAUGAGAGACCAUAUAGGUGUCCUGAGUGUGCAAAAAGCUUCAAAAGCAGUUCUGAAUUGAAACGCCACCAGCGCAUGCACACAGGAGAAAGACCCUAUAAGUGUCCCGAGUGUGGGAAGAGCUUCAGAAGGAAUUCUGAAUUGAAGAGCCAUCAGCACACGCACACAGGGGAGAGACCCUUCAAGUGUCCUGAGUGUGAGAAAAGCUUCAAACGCAGGUCUAAUCUCAACAUCCACAAGCACAUCCACAGCGCACACAGGCUAUAG